GAGAGAGUGUGAGAGAGAGGGUGAGAGGAGGAAGAGAGAGAGAGACGUGAGACAGGGCGAAGCUGCUGGUUCCUGCAACUAGAAAGGAGCGAUUUAAUCAUCGUCUCAUCCUCUCUCCUUCAGCUUGAAACAUACAUCUCUCUUCAGGAUAAAUAUUUUUGAGAUGUCUUUUUUAUUGGCAGCUCUUGACAAACUGACUUAUUUUUUGUCUCUGAUAGCCUUUUGUGUCAGUCUGUCUUAUAACUGGCUGAAAUGAUUGCUGACUCCUCUUAUCUGAUCUGAGUUUGGAAAAUGUAUACACUUGUUUGCAUUUUCAGCUGAUGUGGAUUGAGACAGCUUUUUAGUUUGGGUGCACCUUUGAUAUGCCUCAGCUCCGGAUGCUUUGGAAGCUGACCACUCAAAGUGUUACUAGUGAAAAACUGACCCCUACGACAAAAAGAGGAUGGCACAACGCAGUGUGCUGAGGGUAUGCCACAUUCUGCUGUUGGCACUGUGCAUCUAUGCCAGUGAAGACUUUGACUGGACCAAGAAUGAAAAAGGAUCGUUUUACUAUGGCACAUUUCCUUCAGGAUUCUCUUGGGGUGCUGGCAGCUCAGCAUAUCAAACAGAAGGAGCGUGGGACAGAGAUGGAAAAGGAAAGAGCAUCUGGGAUGUGUUCUCCCAUAAGAAAGGGAAAAUUCACCUCAAUGACACUGGUGACUCAUCCUGUGAAGGCUACUACAAAGUCAAGGAUGAUAUCACAUUGAUGAAUGACAUGAAGCUGAACCACUAUCUCUUUUCCAUCUCCUGGCCAAGGAUUCUGCCCAAUGGCAUUAAGACUGAGUACAUCAAUGAGAAAGGGAUAGAGCACUAUGAUAAUCUGAUUAAUAUGCUUCUGGAGAACAGAAUCACACCGAUUGUGACACUCUACCACUGGGACUUACCACAGGUUCUGGAGGAAAAAUAUGGAGGAUGGCAAAAUGCAAGUAUGGUCAACUACUAUAACGAUUUCGCCAACCUGUGCUUUGAGAGAUUUGGCAACCGAGUCAAAUACUGGAUCACCUUCAACAAUCCUUGGUCUGUUGCAGUGGAGGGUUAUGAAACUGGUGAACAUGCUCCUGGUCUGAAGCUGAGAGGUACUGGUGCCUAUAAUGCUGCCCACAACAUUAUUAUGGCUCAUGCUAAGGUCUGGCACACAUAUGAUGCUCAGUGGCGAAACAAGCAGAAAGGUAUGGUGGGCAUCUCCCUGUCGGCUGACUGGGGAGAACCUGUAGAUGUCACCAAUCAGCGAGAUAUAGAAGCCGCCGAAAGAUAUGUUCAGUUCUACCUGGGCUGGUUUGCUACGCCACUCUUUAAUGGAGACUAUCCUCAAGUAAUGAAAGACUACAUAGGCAAGAAGAGUGCCCAGCAGGGCCUGAGUAGCUCUCGUCUGCCUACUUUCAGCCCUCAGGAGAAAAGUUAUAUCAGAGGUACCUGUGACUUCCUGGGCAUUGGCCACUUCACCACUCGCUACAUCACACAGAAGAAUUUCCCCUUCAACCGUGGAAACAGCUACUUCACUGACCGUGACCUUGCUGAGCUAGUGGACCCACGCUGGCCUGACCCUGGAUCAGAGUGGCUCUACUCUGUGCCAUGGGGCUUCCGGCGUCUGCUCAACUUUGUGAAGACACAGUAUGGAGACCCCAUGAUAUACGUGACAGGAAAUGGCGUUUCGGAGAAGAUGAUGUGCACAGAUCUUUGUGAUGACUGGAGAAUGCAGUACUUCAGGGAUUACAUCAAUGAAAUGCUCAAAGCGGUUAAAGAUGGAGUAAAUGUGAAAGGUUAUACGGCUUGGUCAUUGCUGGACAAGUUUGAAUGGGACGAGGGCUACUCUGAGAGAUUUGGCCUGUACUAUGUGGACUUUGGAAGCAAAAAUAAACCACGCUAUCCAAAAGCUUCAGUUCAGUACUACAAAUGCAUCAUCAGCUCUAAUGGUUUCCCCAAUCAGAAAGAGAUUGAAAGCUGGAAGAGAAAGGCAAUGGAAACAUGCACCUCAAGUAACCAGCUCCUUGCAGCAGCUAGAAGAAAAUCCAAGGAAAAUAAGAAACAUGUUGGCAUGCCAAAGGUUUGGCCUGUGCAUGAUGAAGUUUAGAUCCAUUGAUCAGCCACAUGGAGAUGGUCACAGAGAUUGUCGUCGCCACUGUCAGCACUCUCUGCAUUCUCCUCAGUGCGGUUUUGCUAAUGUUUCUGCUGAGAACACGAAUAUAAAACCGACCGCUUCAAAUUUACACAACUAUAUUUUUUUUCACGAAAUGUGUCCACAGCAUUUCUUGUUUUCAUAUUAUUUAGAUCUUUCUUAUUACUUAGAUAUUAUAUUAUUUAAUAAUUGACAUGCAGAGACUUCAUGUUUACAUGUCAUUUUAAAUAAGGAAAUGGUCCACAAAUGUACAUCUGUGUUGAACUGCUGGACCUUCUAAACAUAUCUCAGCUCAUAUUACUCAGAGGAUAAGUUGAGGUUUAGGUGUUUUAUAUGAGGUGAGAAAGUUUCAGAAACUAAUUUAUAAUCAUAUUUGGAAUGGUAUUUGUAUACUGUAUGUGACAAAAACACUAGUAAGAAUAAAUAUGACAAUAAAUGUGUUUGUUAAACAUGUCAAAUGCUUUUGGGCAAUACAAUUCCGAGUCAACAACCUACUAAUGAUAAUGAACACACUGCAUAUAAGAUCAGCAUGUAUGAGAGCUAUGCUUUCAAUAAAGUUUAAAAC